AGGCACACACCCUCUUGCGCAUGUUGAUUUAUGGAAACAAUUAUGAUCCUGUUGCAGUCUUUCUGAGCUAGGAAAGUUUGUAGCUACAGUAGAGCGUCUCAUGUUGCAAAAGGCAAACAACAGAAAUGGAAUACUUGUAUGUACAGCUGUUAUCAACAGGAGCAAAUCUUUUGCUUUCAGUGCAAGCAAUGAAUACAAGUAGCAAAGGAAGUUACAGCAGCUGAGGUUAUUGCAACCUGUUUCUUUGAAGGAUAUCCUGGCGAAAGGAUAUUUAAGGGCCAAUUCUCUCUAAUACCGAUAUUUUAAAAGAAGUUUUGUUUUUUGCAAGAGGAAGCACAGUUGCUGGUUAAGUCACUUUACAAAUCAAGGGAAAGACAGAGGACAGGUCAAUGACCAAGGAACGACGAGCUACUGAAGACGGAUUUUUUUCAUUAUGUUGUUCGUGAGCACCCAGAACACUGCACUAUAAUGCACAAAUGGAUAUUGACAUGGAUCCUGCCAACUUUGUUCUACAGAUCAUAUUUUUACAUUAUCUUCCUCGUGGGCGCUCUAUCAUUAGCUUGCAAUGACAUGAACCCAGAGCAAAUGGCUAUAAAUGUGAACUGUUCCUCCCCGGAGCGACAUACCAGAAGCUAUGAUUAUAUGGAAGGGGGGAAUGUAAGAGUGAGAAGACUGUUCUGUCGAACUCAGUGGUAUGUCAAGAUCGACAAGAGAGGCAAAAUAAAAGGAGUACGGGAUCUUAACAGCAACUACAGUAUUCUCGAAAUUCGAACGGUGGCAGUUGGAAUAGUGGCAAUCAAAGGAGUGGCAAGUGAAUACUUUCUUGCUAUGAACAAGUCUGGGAAACUUUAUGGAAAGAAAGUGUGCAAUGAAGACUGCAACUUCGUAGAACUCAUUCAAGAAAAUCAUUAUAACACCUAUGCUUCAGCAAAUUGGACACACAAAGGGAAAGAGAUGUACAUCGCAUUAAAACAGAAUGGUGCCCCUAAGAGAGGCCAGAAAACAAGUAAAGAAGAUACUUCCUCCCAUUUUCUUCCAUUUGCAGUAUCCUAAUCUUAUACUAACUAUGGACAACCAGUUCCAGCAAAAUAUAUAUCUCAUUUGAAAAGGGGACUGUUUGAAAGUGCAAGGAAGACAAGCUGGAAUACUACUGAAAAACUGAACAAGCUGGACUUGAGCAUGAUGUUUUAUUUUUAAGAGACUGGCUUUAAAAAAUAAAUAAAAAAUAUACACUACUUCAGAUUUAGUAACUAAAAGUUGUAAAAAAUUGUAAAGAGUUGUACAAUCCUUAUGUUAGCAUAAGAGUAGCUUUGCAGAUUCUUAAAUUAAAUUUACCCUUGCGCGUUGUCAUGACUUGAUUAUCUGACGAUCUUUUAUUUAAAAUAAACCUAUCUGCUUCAUUAAACAUGGCUGCUAUAAUAAUAAUAAAGCAGAUGAAAAUGUUAUGUAAAAUAUGACGGACUUGAUGGCUGCUGGAUUGUCUUCAGAUGAUCAAGUCGGUAUGAAUUGUGAAGGCUAAGCAGUAUUAAAUACUUCCCAGGAAAAAAAAGGUAUAAGUAUUAAAGCAAAUUGAAAUUGGAUCGCUGUGGUGUUCAGACAAUAAAGUUAGUAUGACAGAUGAAAGUUGCAUCACUGCAAUUCAUAUGUAUUAGUAAGAAUGCCUAAUGCUGCUCUGAAAGAUGUUACAAAAUAGUGUAAUAUUAAAUAAUAUUAAUAAGGGAAAUGUAUUUCAUCUCACUUUCCUCAAAAUAUCCUUUUAUGUAACGAUGAAGUAAAAAAUUCAGACAACUUCAUAUGGGUUUUUAUGUAACAUAACCUAUCUUUUUAUAUAAUUCCUGUUUGGGCAUAUGGCUUCUAAGUUUUUUUCCACCGAUAUUCAUGCUUUUCUGUUGUUACAGCAUUAAACUUUAUUUUAAGUUAUAAUUGAA